CUCGUCAACAGCAGUGGCCACAGGAGCCUAAAAAGAGGCGGACAGCUGGUCCGCAUAAUGAAAAAUAGCACCCCCUCAAGUGUGGGUUUUGCUGUUUUUCAUGUUUAAAUUAACACAGGUACUUAAAGAUUCUCUUCGGUGUGUUGUGUAGCCGUCAUCCAUUAGAAGAAAAACCCCAAGGAGCGAGGAUGUUGGUCCCCGCGGGAAGAUAAUGAAGAGACUGCGCGUUUUGUUGGUGUGCCUCAUUGUAGCUCGCCUGUGCUGGUACCCUAGUCAACAUGUCUAUUGUUCAGAGCAGAGCUUGUCCGGCUCAGGUCAGCCUCGACAGGAGAAAGAUCCUGAUGGCCUCGAGCAGGAGCAGGACUCCACGCAAAACAAGGUGGUGGAAGAGUGGAAGACACACACAUCAUACGAUAUGGGGCUAGAGACCGAGAGAGCAGCACGAGAGCAACUACAAAAACAAAGCAUACACCAUGAAGAGACUGUGAAGUCACAAGAAGCUGGAGAGGAAGAGACAAAGCUAGACCCAGAGUCAGAUACUGUACCUGUUGCCCCUGAGCCAGAACCUACCCCAGAUCCCCAGGCUGACUUGGGCCUGCAGAUUCACACACAGGACCACGACCAUGAUGCCCCAGUGCUCGCCACUCCAGAACCAGUUCCAGCACAGGGCCAAGUGACCACAGAUACCCCAGCAGAGACUUCAAGUGAACCAAUUCCCAAUCUAGACUCAAACCCAGACACAUCCCCCGAUGAAGCUGAAAACAAACCUACCUCACAGAGUGCUGGGCUGACCCACACAGGUGCAGUGCGGGUUGCCAGUGCAGGAGAUGAAUUCCCAGUAGACAGCUUUGUCUUUGCUGAGCACUCUGAUUCACAGUGCGGGGUCAUUCCCCCCGAACUGGCAACCUGUGAAAGCUCCCCUUUUGGCAGCCCUCUCCUCAGGUGAGUUUCUAACCACCAGAAGCCAAUCAAAGCACAGAGACUGAUAAUGAAGGUACAAGCUACACCUCUCUGCUGUGCCCAACCGUCGACCGCUGGCCUUGCUCUCUACUUAAUGUUGC